GGCAUUCAUGACUAAGGCAGGAAUAGAAUUCACAGUCUCCUACUUUCUGCAAAGAGAAUUAUAUCAUUGGAAAAUUUUUGUUCUAUCGUUAAUCAUUCUAUUGUACAGUAUAUCCAAGAAAUUGCAGGAAAAUACUCCUGAUGAAUAUCUAGUGAUCGUUCACCUCAAAUGUCCAAAAUGUAACUUAUCCAGUAAAUGCUGGCCAAAAGUAGAUCCAAAUUUGGGAUUUGCUGGUCUGUAGAAAUAAACCUAGUUAUUUUAUUCAAGUGAGCCAACUAGCUCUCCUGCAUGAGUAACCUUGACCUUUGUUAUCCAAAUGUUGUUGUUUUUCUGAGAAACACCUGGUGUUUGCUUCAAUAGUUCAUGAUCCAGAUGACAUGGGUUGAUCCAAUUCGGUGGCUUUGUUUGCAAAAUAACAGUACACCUAGCCCGGUUACUAAAUUAAGCUUUUUUUGGUCUUGUAUGGCACAAUAUACUGAACCAUCAAUGUUGAGUCCACACAAUAUGCAAAGCACAAUCGACCCACACUUUUUUCGAAACACUAACCUAGUUGAGUAUACUAUCUGAACGCAGUUGCUAAUCUUGUAACUGACCUGGUUCAACAUGAGAGGGGGAAAACUGUGCCUCUGCUUUUUUGGGGAUACCAGGUAAGGAAAAAAAAGGAGGGGGUGGAAAUAGUAGGGGAAAAAAGGAUUAGAGCCUGGUGGUGGAACUUCAGAAGGCGGUUCUUCAGAACUCCACUUUUGCAAGUGGAUCCUAUUUUUUUAAAGAUCCCGUCUCCGGUACGAAGGGCUGCCUGUUUUGGAGGGCUUGGGUUAGCUUCGCGGACUAAGCCGCCAACCUUGGCGCAACAUCAGGCCCCGCGUUGUUGGAGGAGCAACUCUCAGCGGCUCUCCUGUUUCCUCCCGUCAAGGGAGCCUUCCCGCCGACGCCACCGCCUCGAAGGGGAACAAGUAGGAAAGAAAUAGCCCGAUGGAGGCGUGCGCCUGCGCGCGCCCAACUCUGCCUGAUAUACACAGGCGCACAUGCCUUCGCUCCCCUUCUGUGCUGCGGCGGCGAGGGAGGGGGGCGAGUGAGCGGGCGAGCCAGAAGCUGGUGCUGCUGUGCGCGAAGGAGGCACAAAGAAGCGGGGUUGCUGGAGACGGACGGGCGGGCUGAGGCAAGGGCUGCGUUUCCCAUCCACUCACCCUCCGUCCUGAAUGGAAGCCCCGCUCGGCCGAGCAGCCUGGGAUCUCCGCCGCUCGCAAACCGGCGCUCGCAAAGCGAACCCGCCGCGCUCAGUUUUGGCUCCAGGGACUGACACGCUGCGGGCGGCGGCGGCGCCGGCGCUGAAAGGAAAAAGAAGAAGAAGUUGUUGAGCAUCCUCCUUCGCCUCGACCUCGCUUGCUGCCGUAGCCCGACGGGAGGCGAUGCUGCAAACCGCCGCCGCCACCGUCUCCUCGAGUGGUGCUCCCUUGCCGGCCGAAGGCUCCCUGGAGCUCGAACAGCCUUCCCGCCUGUAAAGGGGAAAAGGCGUCGGGCGAGCGCCAGCGAUUCUGGAGCUCUCGUCGGCUUCAUCGACGCGCUGCUGCUGUUGCUGCCGCCGCCGCCGCUGCCGCCUCAGGCGGCGGCACUCGAAUCUGGCGUGGUGGAAAAUCUUUGCCGCCGCCCCCCCCCCACCGCGGCUGGCACCCGUGUAAGCAGCAGCUUUUGCUUGGCGGAUGCGUAUGAAUGAGUUCUGCACCGAAUGGGCGCAAAAAGCGCCCCAGGUCCACCGGCUCGAUCUUCCAAAUCGGCAAAACGUCGCUGCACGGCAGAGACUGCGAAGGCCGAGACAGCGGCAGCACCGAGGGCGCCCCUAAGACCCAGAGACUAGCCCUGGAUGACUGCAAGAUGCUUGUCCAGGACUUCAACACCCAGGUGGCUCUGUAUCGGGAAUUGGUCAUUUCCAUUGGGGAUGUCUCAGUCAGUUGCCCAUCGUUAUAUGCUGAAAUGCACAGAACACGUACCAAAGGAUGUGAGAUUGCCUAUCAGGCACACCAAAAGCUGUCUGCAAUCUCUGGGCCAGAAGAUGGUGAAAUUCAUCCUGAAAUCUGUAGACUAUAUAUCCAGUUGCAGUGUUGCUUAGAAAUGUACACAACAGAGAUGCUGAAAUCCAUAUGCCUUCUUGGAUCACUUCAACUUCAUCGGAAAGGGAUGGAGACCUGUGCAGCACCCAAGAGCCUUGACAGUAAGCUAGAGGAGAGUUCGGAAGCUCCUAUUUUGGAAGAAACAUCCUCUUCGCCAGUAGAAAUACAACAACAUUUAUGGCAGGUUUCCACAGAUAUUGAAAACACCGAGAGGGAUAUGAGAGAAAUGAAAAACCUUUUAAGUAAACUCAGGGAGACUAUGCCUUUACCAUUGAAAAAUCAAGAUGAUAGCAGCCUGCUAAACUUGACUCCUUAUCCAUUAGUGCGAAGACGGAAGAGAAGAUUCUUUGGAUUGUGCUGUCUUGUUUCCAGCUAAAUGAACCAUUUCAGAAGAGUAUAGAUGACUGCAGCCAAUACAAAAUGUCCUUUAUUGGGAUCAGUUAAAAUGCUCUACGUCAGUGUUUCUCGAUGUCAGGAAUUUUAAGAUGGGUGUACUUCAACUCCUAGAAUUUGCUGGGGGAAUUCUGGAAAUUGAAAUCCACCCAUUUUAAAGUUCCUGAGAUUGAGAAGCACUGUUCUAAAAUUACCAUGUGUGUUUUCUACAUUCCCCUUAUUAUAUUUCUUCCCUCCUUUUCAAAGAGUUUGUUGCUGACAAAAACCAAAUUCAGAAAUCCAGUUAAACAUUAUCAAGAAUAUUUUUAAACUUUUUUUAUGGCAUACAGCAUGUCUACUUUAAAUCAUUUUGUGAUUAGAUGCAAAUAUGAUUAUUAACCAACACAUGCAGAUUUUUUAUUUAGCGUACAAGCCACAACCAAUUAUGUACAGUGCAACAGUAUGACUGUAGCUCUUGCUAGUAUGAUGUUAUGAACAUUUGAACAUAUUCUAUUAAGCAAUUUUAAUCCAUAGAAAACUGUUUAGAAGAGCAAAAUUGUGCUUAAAUUCUAAAACGCUAAAAUAAACAGAGCCAAUAUUGUACAAGAACAUACACACUCUAUUGCUUUUUGUGCUCUCAUUCAUAUUUAGUCUUCCACUCUAUAACACAACUUAUACAAGAUCUUCAUAGUACAAUUUUUUAAUUUCUAAUACAUAAGCAACAUAACAUUGCUAUGUUGUUCAUGUAAAUAUGAGAUAAUAUCUACAUAUUGUAUAAUGCAUAGGAAUAGCUAUUUUACUUUUUUAAAAGAAAAAUCUGAACAUGUUUAUGUUACAACCUUAAGCAGAAAAUUUAAAAGAUGGUGUGGGAAACAAUAAAAUCCACUGAUGUGAAACAGAUUAUUCCAUUUUGUUUCCUGUAAAGGUUGAAGCAUGGUGUCAGAACAUCAACUUAGUGUUAUUGCUUAUAGGGCAUGCCACAAUAGCUCUAACUGUAAAAUAUUAAAACAUUUUACAUUGUUAAUAAAUAUUUUUAGUUAAACAAAAA